GCGCGUCGUCCGUCUCGGAGCGGGGCCGUGGCGGGCGCCCGGUCGCUGGCUGGGCUGCGGGAGCCGCGGCUUCCCCAUCGGUUCGCUCCCUUCCUGCCCUUUCUCGCCCUUCUGCUCGUCGGCGCCUCCGCGCCCAGCGCUGGCCGUCAUGGUGCCGUCUGCGCGGCCCCGCUGAGACUCAGAGCGGGGGCGGCGAGCGAGGCUUGGGGUCACCAUGCCUACCCGAGUAUGUUGUUGCUGUUCUGCAUUGCGUCCUCGCUACAAACGCCUGGUGGACAACAUAUUUCCUGAGGAUCCAAAAGAUGGCCUUGUUAAAGCUGAUAUGGAGAAACUGACGUUUUAUGCAGUAUCUGCCCCAGAGAAGCUGGAUCGAAUUGGUGCUUACCUGGCAGAAAGACUGAGCAGGGAUGUUGUCAGACACCGCUCUGGAUAUGUUUUAAUUGCUAUGGAGGCAUUGGACCAGCUUCUCAUGGCUUGCCAUUCUCAAAGCAUCAAGCCAUUUGUGGAAAGCUUUCUUCAUAUGGUGGCAAAACUGCUGGAAUCGGGAGAACCAAAGCUGCAAGUUCUUGGAACAAAUUCUUUUGUGAAAUUUGCAAAUAUUGAAGAAGACACACCAUCUUAUCACAGGCGUUAUGACUUUUUUGUGUCUCGAUUCAGUGCCAUGUGUCAUUCCUGUCAUGGUGAUCCAGAAAUACGAACGGAAAUUCGAAUUGCUGGAAUCAGGGGUAUUCAAGGUGUGGUUCGCAAAACAGUUAAUGAUGAACUUCGAGCCACCAUCUGGGAGCCUCAGCAUAUGGAUAAGAUUGUUCCGUCCCUGCUGUUUAACAUGCAGAAGAUAGAAGAAGCUGAAAGUCGCCUGGGCCCUCCUUCUUCUCCUUCUGCAGCUGACAAAGAGGAGAACCCUGCUGUGCUUGCGGAGAGUUGUUUCCGGGAGCUGUUAGGGCGAGCGACCUUUGGGAAUAUGAACAAUGCUGUGAGGCCGGUGUUCGCGCAUUUAGAUCAUCACAAAUUAUGGGAUCCCAAUGAAUUUGCAGUUCACUGCUUUAAAAUUAUCAUGUAUUCUAUUCAGGCUCAGUAUUCUCAUCAUGUGAUCCAGGAAAUUCUGGGACACCUUGACGCUUGUAAAAAAGGUUCUCCACGGGUUCGAGCAGGUAUCAUUCAGGUUCUGUUAGAGGCUGUUGCCAUUGCUGCUAAAGGCUCCAUAGGGCCAACAGUGCUAGAAGUCUUCAAUACUCUAUUGAAGCAUCUACGCCUCAGUGUUGAAUUUGAAGCAAAUGAUUUACAGGGGGUAUCUGUAAGUAGUGCCAGCUUAAACACAAGCUCCAAAGACAAUGAUGAGAAGGUUGUGCAGAAUGCCAUCAUCCAAACAAUAGGAUUUUUUGGAAGUAACCUGCCAGAUUAUCAGAGGUCAGAAAUCAUGAUGUUCAUUAUGGGUAAAGUACCUGUUUUUGGAACAUCCACCCACACGUUGGACAUCAGUCAACUAGGGGAUUUGGGAACAAGACGAAUCCAGAUAAUGUUGCUGAGAUCUUUACUCAUGGUAACUUCUGGAUACAAAGCCAAGACAGUUGUCACUGCACUCCCAGGGCCCUUUCUGGAUCCUUUGUUGUCUCCUUCUCUCAUGGAAGACUACGAGCUGAGACAGUUAGUGCUGGAAGUCAUGCACAACCUCAUGGAUCGCCAUGACAACAGGGCCAAGCUCCGAGGGAUCAGGAUCAUACCAGAUGUAGCUGAUUUAAAAAUAAAAAGAGAAAAAAUCUGUAGACAAGAUGCAAAUUUCAUGAAAAAGAACGGUCAGCAGCUGUACCGGCACAUCUAUUUGGGCUGUAAAGAGGAAGACAAUGUUCAGAAAAACUAUGAGCUGCUUUAUACUUCUCUUGCUCUCAUAACGAUCGAACUGGCCAAUGAAGAAGUGGUUAUUGAUCUCAUCCGACUGGCCAUUGCUUUACAGGACAGUGCAAUCAUCAAUGAGGAUAAUUUGCCAAUGUUCCAUCGCUGCGGAAUCAUGGCCCUGGUUGCAGCGUAUCUCAACUUCGUGAGUCAGAUGAUAGCUGUCCCUGCAUUUUGCCAGCAUGUUAGCAAGGUUAUUGAAACUCGGACUAUGGAAGCCCCUUAUUUUUUACCAGAGCAUAUUUUCAGAGAUAAGUGCAUGCUUCCAAAAUCUUUAGAGAAGCAUGACAAAAAUUUAUAUUUCCUGACCAACAAGAUUGCAGAGUCGUUGGGAGGAAGUGGGUACGGUGUGGAGAGGCUGUCAGUCCCAUACGUACCACAAGUAACAGAUGAAGAUCGGCUUUCCAGAAGAAAAAGUAUUGUUGACACUGUCUCCAUCCAGGUGGAUAUUUUAUCGAACAGCAUUCCUUCUGAUGAUGUGGUUAGUAAUACUGAAGAGAUCACUUUUGAAGCAUUGAAGAAAGCAAUUGAUACCAGUGGGAUGGAAGAACAAGAAAAAGAAAAGAGACGCCUUGUCAUAGAGAAAUUCCAGAAAGCACCUUUUGAAGAAAUAGCAGCACAGUGUGAAUCCAAAGCAAAUUUGCUUCAUGAUAGACUUGCUCAAAUAUUGGAGCUCACCAUACGUCCUCCUCCCAGUCCAUCAGGAACACUGACCAUUACGUCUGGGCAUGCCCAGUAUCAGUCUGUCCCAGUGUAUGAGAUGAAGUUCCCAGAUCUGUGUGUGUACUGAGUGGCUCAGGAAGACCUCAGCAUAAGAUUCUGAAGCGUAAAAAUUAAGAUCACACUCGUGUUUUCAGGGUUUACUUAAUGCAUACUAGCAUACUUGUUGAAAAUGCUGGAACGUAUAUUUAAUCAAAUGGUUACGAUACUGUAUCAAAACUUCUGGAACUGUGUAUGAUUUAGAGUACUUUUGAAGUUAGAUUUAUGCCAUGUAAUUUGUUUUGAGGUCCCCUUUGGCUUAAAGUUGAAAGUGCAUUGGUCUCACAUAUUCCGUUGUUAAGUGGUACAUUUUAAUCUUUGCAGGAACAUGUUAAUUUUGUACAAAGUAAGCCUCCAGAAGAUUGAAAAUGUUUAACCUGUCUACUGUAUUUCUGAAAGAUCAACAGAACUGUUUAGAAAUAGAAUUGCUUUUGAUUUUGAUUGUCUCCAAAAGCAAAUAUAUAAGAUUAUAUUCCUAAUCCUGGGACUGCAAAAAACAUCCCUUGGCUUUCUGUCUCCGUGUUGACUUAACUAAGUUGUGGCGGAUCUCCUUCGUCCUGUACCGUGACGCUCUGGGAGAGCUGUUCCUUUUUGUGUUUACAGUGGUAAGCAGCUGCUGAGUGCUUUCCUAGCACAGUACCCUGAGCCCUGCCGCCCUGCAGCAUCUGCACCUGGGAUAAAGACUCUAUGUUCUUCUGAAAGGUUGACCAUUGAACCCGAGAGGCUUAGCGUCUGCUCUUGGACUACCCAACUGUGCAAUAUUUUUUACGUAAUAAGAUAUAUUUGUUUACAGGCCAUGCUUUGAAAGUAUAAUAGUAUUUUGCUGUGGCUUCAUUAAUUAAAUAAGAUAUAGCUAUAUUUAAUAUAGGGGAAAAAAGGACAUUUAAAACAGCUACUAGUUCACCUGUGAGGAGUUUGUGCAUUUUGAUUUCUGUUAGGAGUACAUGAACUUGUAUGUUUGUUUUUGAAUUGUUUUAGAUAUUCAUGGGCAAAAAUUAAUCAAAUGGGCUUUUAAUUUGUGAGCUUCUUCUGGUUUCAGCUCUCAGGGCCACAAGUGUAUUCUACGAAUGCACUAACUGAAUCAUAAAAUAAGGU